UUGUAGGCCUAUUAGUUUUCCUCAGACUGCACUGAAGCUUUCACGCGUCUUCCACCUGGUGGUGCUCAGCUGCACACAGCAGCGCGUGAGUGUGAGUCCAUCCUCCGGUUGAACUUUUUCCUCCACGUUCAGUAAUCUGACACCGACCCUAACCCCAAAAAGCAGAGGAUGGAUUCCCAACUUCAUUCGCAAAAAUAGCUCAGCCAGAGCAGGCGAGAAAACACGACCGAGCGGGGGGCGAACAUCUGAACGCGUGUGCUCGCGUGCAUCGAUCUGUGAAGUGACUUUAGUUUUUGUUUAAAUGUUGACUAAGAAGUUUGUAUCUGAAGAGGCGGAUGGGUGACGACCAUUCUCGGCGCUUCCAUGUGAGGAGACGAUGAAGAAUUACAGCAGCAGUCCCCGUCUAAACAAUCACAGCGCGAGUCACAGCACGGAUCGGAACAGCAGGAAGAGAUUCUGGUUCUUGGCUCUCGGGCUUCGCUUCUCUCUGCGCGAUUAUGGUUUCUGCAUGGCCACACUGCUGCUCUUCUGUCUCGGCUCACUGUUUUACCAGCUGAACGGAGGACCCCCUAAAGUUCUGCUGGAGAUCAGGCAGUAUCUCGGAGAAUCCACUUUUGUUGACGACCACGGGCCUCCUACACCAAGGGAGCUGCCAUUCCCAAGUCAGGUGAUCUACAACAGGGUUGGCAAGUGUGGAAGUCGAACAGUUGUCCUGCUGCUGAGGAUUCUGGCAGAAAAGCACCAGUUUAACCUGGUGUCCUCUGACAUCCAUAACAAAACCAGACUCACAAAGCAUGAGCAGGUGGAUUUGAUGAGAAAUAUUAGCACUAUUCCGCAGCCUUUUCUGUACACCAGACAUGUUCACUUUCUCAAUUUCACAAGAUUUAGGAUAGAACAGCCUGUCUACAUAAACAUCAUCAGGGAUCCCAUUAACCGUUUCCUCUCCAAUUACUUUUUUCGUCGUUUUGGGGACUGGAGAGGAGAGCAGAAUCACUUGAUCCGCACACCCCAGAUGAAAGAUGACGAGAGAUAUCUGCCGGGUGUUUGGGCUGUGGAGAGGGCCAAACAAAACGUUAUAGAGAACUUCUUACUUGUGGGAAUUCUGGAAGAGUUGGAGGAUGUGUUGCUCCUUCUGGAGAGACUCCUACCUCACUACUUCAGUGAUGUCCUAACCAUCUACAAGAGUCCAGCAUUUUGGAAGAUGGGGAACCUUACAGGCACAGUGAAGAAGCACAUGCCUACUCUAGAGGGCCUACAGGUGCUUUACCAAAGGAUGAAGUAUGAGUAUGACUUUUACAACUUCAUUCGUGACCAGUUCCAUCUCACCAAGAAGAAGAUCGGCCUCAAGUCCACCUCCCAGAACUCUGCUCAUGAACCUCACUUUCUCCGUGAGCUUGCCCUCAGGACCCAUGAGCCUUUGGAGGAGGAGGAGGAAGAGGAGGAAGAAGAGGACGUGGGGCAAGAAGAUGCCAACAUCUGGUUGGUUCAGCCCUGACUAAUAGCCAUGGAGGUGUAGGCAUGGCAGAUAUCUCAUAAGCUUGAUGUCUAUGUCCAGUCAGGAGGUAGAGUCAAAAGUCCCAGGUUAAAAUUGGGUGUGUAACCCCUGUUUUUAACGGGAUGGCCCUUCAAGACACUCUCAAGAGGAGAAGGG